AUGGCCCGCGGAAGCCCAGGCGAAGUGCUGCAGCAGCGCGCCGAGGCCCUGCGGGCGGUGCUGGUGGACCUGGGCGCCGCGGCGGUGAAGAUCGGCCAGGCCGUCAGCAGCAGGCCUGACGUGGCCCCCCCGGAGGUCACGCUGGAGCUGGAGAAGCUGCAGGACCAGAUCCCGCCCUUCCCCUCCGACCAGGCCAUGGCCAUCAUCCAUGCCUCCCUGGGCGCCCCCGCCUCCGCCUUCUUCUCCGACCUCUCCCCCGCCCCCGUGGCCGCGGCCUCGCUGGGCCAGGUCUACGUCGGCACCCUGCGCGCCGACGGCCGGCGCGUGGCGGUCAAGGUGCAGCGCCCGGGCGUGGCCUCCCUCAUCGCGUUGGACAUCUACAUCCUGCGCUGGGUGGCGCGGCGCGUGCAGCGCCUGCGUCGCAUGAACACCGACCUGGCCGCGCUGCUGGAUGAGUGGGCCUUCAGCCUGUUCCGCGAGCUGGACUACCGCGUGGAGGCGCAGCAGGGCACGCGCUUCAAGGAGCUGUACGGCGACCUGGAGGUUUGUGGCCGCGGCGGGUCCGGGGACGCAGGCGGCGCGGCCAGCUCCGACGACCUGCGUCUGGUGGACAUCGGUGUGCGGUGCAGCCUGGAGCAGAUGCUGGAGCAGGGGUACUACCACGCCGACCCGCACCCGGGCAACCUGCUGAAGACGCGGGACGGCAGGCUGGCCUACAUCGACUUUGGCAUGAUGGGCGAGAUCGACGGCACCAUACGCAGGCGGGGCCUGCUGCAAGCCACCCUGCACCUGAUCAAUCGGGAGUACGAGGCGCUGGCUGACGACUUUGCAAUGCUGGGCAUGCUGCCCUCCGAAGGGAGAAAGGAGGAGGUCGUGGCCGCGCUGACAGGCGUGUUUGCAGAGGCGCUGUCCGGCGGCGUCAACAACCUGUCCUUUGGGGAGCUGUCCAACGACCUGGCAAACACGAUGUACCAGUUCAAGUUCCAGAUCCCUUCCUACUACACCCUGCUGGUCCGCUCCCUGUCUGUGCUGGAGGGCAUCGCUCUGGCCAGCAACCCCGACUACAAAGUGCUGGGGGCGACCUACCCCUGGGUCGCUCGCCGCCUGUUGUUGGACACCUCCCCCGAGCUGCGCUCCACCCUGCUCACCCUCCUGUACAAGAACGGCCGCUUCCAGUUCGACCGCCUGGCGCUGGGCCUGCUGCUCAGCCCGCGUGGCGACUUCCUGCGCAGCAUCCUGGUGGACGAGCUGGCCAAGGGCGUGGACUCCUCCUGGCGCCUGGGCGCCGACGGCGUGUUGGGCUCAGCGCGGCGCGAGCUGCGCGCUUUCCUCCUGGCCCCGGAGUCGCAGGGCGGCCCCGCCGCACUGCCCUUCGCCUCCGUGGCCGCGCAGGCCACGCUGUCGGUGCUCUUCGCCAUCCCGCCGCUGGCCGAGGAGGCCGACGUGGAGCAGGUGGAGGGCAUGCGUCGCCUGGCCGCCGCCGUGAACCCGCAGCAGCCCGUCGCAGGGGCGGGGGCGGUGGUGGGUGGAGCCGCCCGGCCCGCCUCGGCACAUGCAGCUCCGGCGCACGCUUCGGCGGCGCACGCCUCGGCGCACGCGGCGGGGUCGCUGCCCCCUCCGCCCGACCAGAGCCUGGACGGGGCGUGGACUGGGGUGGAGGCCGUGGCCUCGGCCGCGCGCUGGCUGGCGCGCGAGUCGGCCACGCUGGGGAAGGAGGAGCGGGCGGUGGCCGCGCAGCUGCCGCUGGCCGUCGCUCAGGCGCUGUCCUCCCGCCUCUCCUCCCGUGCCAUCCAGUUCGUGGCCGCCGUCGCGCGGGAGGACAGCGGCACGGCGCCGGGCGCGCCACGCGGGCCGUCAGGCUCGGGCGCGGUCGACGCCCGCGCGACGGCCGCAGCCGCCACGCCGACCGUGCCGACCGCCUCCCAGGGCCCGCCGCCGCCGUCAGCGGGCCCUCCCUCGGCGGCCACCUACCCCGGCAUCUCCAGGGCCCCGGUCAUGAGGCCCCUGGCCGCGCCGGGCUACCGCGGGAAAGGCACCGCGGGCACAAUGGUGCUGACGAGGCCGGCGCCGGCUGACAGCGCCGCGCCGGCAUCCUGGUUAGGCUAA